UAUUAUCUUGUGUACUAAUUUAUUAAAUAUUUUUAUAUUAUAAUUUUUAUAGUAAUAAUAAUUUAUACGCAUAACUUGCAUAAUAAACAAAAUUAUAUAUAUAAUUUUAUAAUGUUAAUUAUCUUCUCAAAUUAUAUUUUUGCUAAUAUCUCAAAUUCGACAUCCCCAACUCUCCAUGAACUAAGAAAAAUAAUUAGUUUACACACAUCUUCAGCUCAAAAUACACUUUAGAAUAAACUCAAAGUGAAAGAAAAAAAUAUUUUAAAAAAAAAAGUCAAGUUAAUUUGAAAAUAACGCUGAAUUAGUAGAGUGGUUGUCGGUAGAAAUAACCGGCAGGUGGCUGCCUAAAAGCCCACAAAGCGACAAAAAGCCCCAGUUCCCAGGUGCGGCGUUCGGCGGAAAAAAGAAAAGGAAAUUGCUAUUGAAAAACCAUCCUGAAGCAAUCAAACCUGAAAGCAAGAGGAACUUAUUAUUAAAAGAAAGAAAACACACACAGACACUAAGCUAAACCCAUUAUUCAAAACAUUAAUAAAAAUUUAAUACAAAAGAAUGGUCUAUUACCAUUAAAAAGAAAAAAAAGAACCCUCAGAGUCAUAUUGCAUCAACCAUUACUUAGUGUUCCCUUAGAACCCUACAUGAAGACCUUCCAUGUCCCCCAUUCACUUCCCUUAUAAGGUCCCCUCCCUUUAAUGUCCCUUAAUCUCCAGAUAUUAGCCACAUCCCCUCUCGUAUAGCCUCAUUUUUCUUUGCACCAUUACCUAGUGUGCUCGUGUGCCUUAAUUAAAAUUUCAAGAUUCUCUCUCUCUCUCUCUCUCUAUAUAUAUAUAUACAUACCUCUCUCUUUCUUUCUUUAUUUCCUUUGUUUCUUUAAGUUCCUUUGUUUCCUUUCCUUGUUUCUUCAUCUUUUGGUGCUUUCACAUGGCAUCAUCAGGAAGCGGAACUGGCUCUCCUUGUGGAGCAUGCAAGUUUCUCCGCAGAAAAUGCGCUUCGGACUGUAUUUUCGCCCCCUAUUUCUGCUCGGAACAAGGGCCUGCAAGAUUUGCCGCCAUUCACAAGGUUUUUGGUGCUAGUAACGUGUCUAAGUUGUUGUUGCAUGUACCUGUUGCUGAUCGUUGCGAAGCUGUUGUUACAAUUGCCUAUGAAGCUCAAGCUAGGAUUAGAGACCCUGUUUAUGGGUGUGUUGCUCAUAUUUUUUCUUUGCAACAGCAGGUGGCAUGCUUACAAGCUCAACUGAUGCAAGUGAAGGCUCAACUGGCACAAAGCAUGGUGGAUUCAUCGCGCAAUAUGGAGAACCAAUGGCAAGGAAAUAAUAUUUGUGGAAUGCCGUCAUCAUCAAUUGCAAUUUCUAAUAAUUAUGCAGCUAUUUAUACGAAUCCAAUCUCCCCACAGAGCUCACUCGAAUCAGUUGAGCAUAACUUUGAUGGGGUUAUUAGCAUGCAAGAUAUUCAAAGCAGCAGAGAAGAUUUUGCAUACCAAUCUAGUGCCAAGAAAAGACCAUACAAUAGUAGUGAGUGGGGUGAGCUUCAAGAACUUGCGCUUAGGAUGAUGAGAAACUAAUAAUAAUUAUAACUACAAAUUCUUGAUGUUCCAUGCUUCUUUGUUUGUGCUUCCAAAUGAACUUUUGUAUAUAAUUUUGGGAACCAUCGGAGGAACUGAAAAAGUAAGUUUUGAUGAGCCUAAAUACAAGCAAUUUUUCUUUCUUUUUCCC